GUUUAGUUGUCAAAAGAGCAACAGCAAGCUUAUGCCGGCAAAAUGUUCUCCUUAGUGUUGAUAGCAAUUUCAGCUUUGGUCCCUACCAAUGGCGCUGAUUUGUCUACUGAGUUUGCUCACGAAGCAGUUUUAGAUACUUACGAGAAAAUGAAACUGUUCUGGACGGUGAACUGGGAAAAUAAAACCGUAUCCUUUGCCGUUCAGGCAGCAACAACAGGGUGGGUUGGUUUCGGAAUCUCUUCGGGUAAUGGAAAUAUGGCCGGAAGCGACAUGGUUAUCGGAUGGGUGAAGGACUCCAAGGGUUACCUAACGGUAAGAGAAUUUUUGCCGAAAGGACAUUAGUCACGAUGAAGUUCUAGGCAGAAAAACGAAAAGGUUGACAAGGAAAAGAAGGAGUUAACGCCAUCACGACAUCCAGAUUUAGAUGAAUAAACAAACAGCCAAAGCGACGUUAAAAACUGUAUUUUUAGCCAUUUCUAUUUGGAUCAAAACUUCCAACACUUUCAAACCAGUGCCUAAAUUUAUGACGUAUUCGUAGUUGCACGGAAACAUUGGAAUUUAAAUGCUGUUAAAGCAAAGAUUUGCUCUUCUGUGAACAUUGUUUGCAUUAUUAGCAGUAUCAGCACAACAUUGGCCUGUUGUCACGAUAACGUGUCUGUAGAUAAAGGUAAACUAAUGCAUCUAAGAUUUUUUUGUUAUUUAAGUUAUGCAAAACAGUUUCGUAUUAUAAGUCGUUGUUGGUGAGGGAAAUCAAAAAGGAGCAAACCAAUUGCCUUUUUAAAGAGUUGGCACCUCCAAGCUGUACGUUUUUCAUUACAGAAUAGUCUGCAGUUGAGCUGUGAAUGAAGCUUAGCUUAAAAAAAAAACAUAGUUAACCACGGUUAGUUUUUGAUCUCGUUUUAUUGACUUGUUUUGAAGGACCGGUUUGCUGAUUCCCAAAGCUUUCCACCGUUGGACAAAGAAAACAAUUACAACUUAACUGGGUUUGAGGAAAGCGAAGGGAAAACUGUGUUGAGAUUUAGUAGGAAAUUUGACACCUGUGAUCCUCGUGACAGGAAGAUUGAGGUAAUCCUUAACAUAGCCUAUUCGUUUUUUCCCGUAUCAGUCAACUCGGCCAAAAUAUUUAAUCAUGGCUAAAAAAUUAUUUGUACUGCCUUUUAAAGGCAGUGUCACUGUGUCUGAAUAAAUUGUAUACCAUGUUGAUAUAAUGUUUAUCGCUACAUCAUUCAACUGUUCAGCCCUAAUUAAUUAUGUUCUCUUGUUUUUUUUUUAAAGCAAAUAAAGUAAAUUGAUAUUUCACUGUUUACUCUUUUUUUCAUAGGAAGGCACCACUAAAGUUGUGUUUGCAUAUCAUGCAGAGGACCCCACGUCUGAGGACGAUAUGAAGAAACAUACAUUCCGAGGGUCGAAGAGCAUUCUACUUCUUAACAACAUGGACAAAAAACAAGUGAACGAAACCGGGUGGCAGCAGUUUUACGUCACAAAUAGAAAUGUUAGUUACAAAUAAAAAUUGUUCUUUAAGUGUUCUAAAUUGUGGAGAAUUUUGUCGAAAGCGAAGAGUGUCCAGUCAUGGAAUCUGAAGCCUACUCAAAAUAAAAAUACCUUUUCUUCAGGUAACAAUUCCUAAAAAGCACACAACGUACUGGUGUUCUCUUAUCCAGCUACCCGAGUUCAAAUCAAAGCAUCAUAUUACAAAGGUGAGUACAGAAGUGCAAAACAUUGCAAUGAAACCUGUUUCAUCCGUUUAUCUCUUCUUAUGGUUAAGUGACUGAUCAGUGCAGAAGGCCACCGUGUAAAUUCUUACGAAAAUGAUUAAAAAAUAUGAACUUGCAUGUUUAGAAAUGCGUUGAUAACAAAAUCGUUUAGACGCUCCAACUGAGUUCUCCAAGGAAAGGCAAUUUUGUAGUCGGUGAGAUUUAGUGACAUUGCAAUAACUUUCGAAAUUUCAUUUAUGCAUUUCAAAAUUCUCCACUUUUGAUUAGUCGUGUCAGAAAAAGCCACACCUUUAAGUGGAAUGGUUAGUUAACGGCGGGUUACGAAAUGUCUAGGAAUAGGGAAGAACCUAAGGUAGGUUUACGAAAGGUGUGCCGGUUGGCCUAAGGUUUCACAAACGUUUGGUUCUUAGUGGCAUUCUAGAUAUUUUCUUGUAUCAAGUAAUCAAUAAUUAGAAGUAAAGCGUUCCGCUAUUGAUGUUGGUGUCGCUUUCGCAAAUUUUCAGUUUUUUCCUCUUUUAUAGUUUGAGCCAUAUGUAACACCUGGAAACGAAGGCAUCGUGCAUCACUUACUCGUCUACGAGUGUUAUGGGAAUUUUAGUAAUGCUACCUUACAUGGUUCUGGCUUUGACUGUUAUGAAACACCCAAUAUGCCUCUAAGACAUUGUUACGGCUACAGUGUGGUUGCUGCUUGGGCUGUUGGUGGUACGGUAAGAUAUACAACUUAGAAAUUGGACUCGCUCACCUUAGGAAAUUAACUUUUUGAAUUUGAAAGGUUUUUCGUUACUCUUACCAAAAAAAAGAAUUUUUUUUUUCAUCAAACAGGCAUUUUAUUAUCCACCGAAGGCUGGGUAUCCAAUUGGUACGUCGGACUCGCCAAGAACACUUUUGCUUGAGCUACACUAUGACAAUCCCGAUGCAAUUGAAGGUUAGCACCUCACAUUUUGCUUUUUUUAUUUGUUUUAAUUUUAAAUUAAGAAAUAGAAACAAUGAGAGGCGUCGUAUUUUGCCCUCAUCUAAAAAAUAUCUCAUUCCCUCAUUCAUUUUUUGUCAAAUAGAACGAAAAGAUAGCUCAGGGGUUCGUUUUUACUACACUUCUCAUCACCGUGAGUACGAUGCUGGGAUAAUGUCUGUUGGAGAAAGUAUAAGUAAAUUUGCGAUAAUCCCACCAAAACAGGAAUCUUGGUUGACUGUGGGUUACUGUCCCAAGGAAUGCUAUAAGGUAAAUUGUCUCAAAUGUUCACAAUCACUCUGCGUUUUCAUGCAAAAUUUCUAAUUUAUCUUCAUGCAAUCCAGACUUCCAAAAAAAGGGGAAAAAAGGCAAUAUGGUGAAGCUGGCUUCGAAAAGGAGCAAAACACAUGUGGUUUACAAAUUAUGAUUUUACCUUUUUUUAUACACGGUGCAUUUAAGUUUGCACAGUGCCUAGGAACGUGUGUCAUAAAUUUACUCCUGCACUUAAUGUCAAGCACCUUUUUUCUUAGGAAGACCUGCAGGCGACUAAGCUCCCUGAAAAAGGAAUAAAAGUGUUUUCUGUCCUUCUUCACACCCAUGCACCUGCAGGGUAAGUGACCUUGCUCUGCUUUCGUUGUUUAGAAGUAGUGGUUGUUGUUUGUUUAUAUUUACGCCUGCCUGUCUUAUGUUUCCACGUUCUGUUGACAGUCGUACUUCAUUAUGGAGCCAAACUUAAAUAUAACUGAGUUUUUGUUUUCAUCCACAGGGCGUGCAACAUGGACAAAGCAUGUUCGCAACGGAAUUGAGUUACCAGAAAUUGCAAGAGAUGACCACUAUGAUUUUAACUUUCAGGUAAUUUAUACUUCAUACCAAUGGUGCGACUUAAUGUGGCACAAGAUUCACUAUUAGCAUUUAGUGAAUGCACGAGAAUUGUAAUACAUGGCUGCUUUCAGAAAACAAUUUGCAUUGGACAUUGCUGUCUGCCAAGCUGCGAAAUGAUCUUAUUAAAAAAACUUUUCUUCAUUUCCAAUAAUUAACAUUUACCUGUUGUUUCGCAGGAUAUACAAGUUUUGAGAGAAGAGGCUCACAUCAAACCGGUUUGAGAAAACUUUGAUUUUAGUGCCACUUUUUUCUAGAAUUAUAUUUUAUUUUAGCUCAUAAACAAAUAAUAAAUUAUAUGAGUUAGAAGAUGUGUCCCUUUGAUUUAUUCAAUGCACUCAAGCUCUCCACGCGACCAUUUUAAAUUAGUAUCUAAAUGCGCAAAUGUAAUUGAAUAUUCUGAUGGAAGAACAACAUUGCAUAUGAUAAUUUUAAAUUCCUUUUUUAAAUAAAAUUAGAUUAAGUUUGUGUGUGUUUGAUCUUUUCUAUCAGAUCGGGAUUUGAAAAUUCGCCUGCAAAUGAUCGCCACACAUUUGUGACAUAAAAUUUUUAUAUUCCGUUUUCUUGACUGACGUCUUUCUUAUCCUUCAGGGGGACGACUCAAUUCAUUUCUGCAAAUACGAGACAAUGGAUCGCGAUAAACUCGUGCAGGCAAGUGCGAUAUCUGAGCCCCUAAAAAUCACUGAUUAGUCUCUCCAAGAGUAUGGGCGGCAUUCAGAAUUCAGAUUGGCGUUGGUUUUCUCAUAGCAGUGACACCUCUCUCAAUCCUUUUUUCAAGUGAUUGCAACAAAAACAUGCCAUCGUUGAUUUUUGCUAUAUAUGCUUCAUGACAGAGUGACAGAUGAUGUACUCCUAUUCCACCUACAGGCUGGUAUCUCUACCACUCAAGAAAUGUGUCUGAAUUAUAUGUUUUACUAUCCUCGAAUGGUGAAUGCCACAGCAUAUUGCUUCAGCUCUCUACGUAAGCCAGUGUACGACUUCAUCAAAGAACACUUGUAAGUGAAUUAAUACAUUCUUGCUAAAAUAAUGUUAAAUUAGACCUGGUCUGCUGCUUAGAAACCACCCUAAUACGUUAGUCGUGAAAAUAAUCAAAAGGAGCCUUAAAAGUGGGACAACAGCUCAAAUAAAACCAGUGUUGCAUGCUUUGCCAGCUUAAAUCUUUCGCAUUUCUCAACAAGAAGUCGUUUUUGGGAGCUAUUUUAUUUAAUAAUCACCCAUCCCUGUUUAAUUUCACAAGUACUGGCAUCGUCUAUGAAUAAAAAAAGUAAGAAGUUUAACACUGAAGUAUUGGUAUUCGGAGCAUUGUAAUUAUUCCAUAGAUAUGCUAUUUGUGUAUUUGGUUCAAUCUUAUACUGUCGUGCUGAGGUAUCCCCCCCCCCUGAAAGGAGGAAAUGAAUUUCUUUUACAAAGGGCUCUAUCAUAGCUUAUAUCCGCGUAUUUCAUUCUUCGCGUGAAACGAAAUGAUCCGUCCAGCCAGUUUCUUGAAGGUAAUAGAACAUUCAGCAUUGAUCAUGACUGGCAUCCUUUCUUUGCUAAGUCAUCAAGAAGCUGGAUAAAUCUCAUUGGCAUUCUAGUCAACUCACACAGUGAAAAAUGAUCAACCCAUGAAUUUAAGCACGUAACUGUAUUUACAUUGCAUUAUCCUUAUAACAACCUAGGAUGAUAAAUACACAUCAUUACACCAAAAGAAGCGAACAUGAUUGCGGAAUUAAACCAAAAAUUGUUUAAUAAAUCGUAUAGAUAUAGCAUGUCUUGUUUUAAGCAAUGUUAGAUUUGAGUCUAUUUUUAAUUUAAAUCUUCUUUUGUUUAGCCCUUCCAUAGCGGUGACAAAAUGGUCAAAUCCUCUCAUUGGGGCAAAUAUCUCAUGGACGAAGGAAUUGGCGUCAGACUUGAGGAAGAGACUCGAUGAAGCAGACACAUUUCUUUCAUAUUGCCGCGCGGUCAGUAAACUCAGGAGGAGACACGACACUCGCUAAAGUUUACGUUACCAUAUAGUGCCAUUCUGGGUGAUAAUGAGAUCCCGACAUAAUGUGCAUGAAAAGAUGUCGAAAUGAUAAAACAAAACAAAUUAUGGGUGUAUGAUCAUGGGUGUGUGCUUGUCUAUUGGGUGGAGGGGACCCUCUUAAUCUGGGAUGGUAGAUGCCUGGUCAUAGGCAUAGUUUUCAUCGUAAUCGUAGUUUUCUUUAUCUUCAAUCUGAUUCAGUAUGCAACAGUAAGUCUGCCACCUCCUUAGAGGAGUAAAAGUAAGUGUACAGCGCUGAGUAUCCUGUGAAAUAUCGUUAAUGUUUUCCUUCCCAGAGACCUAACAACUACACAUAUCCGAUUCCAAAGAUCAUGAAGCCCUUACCUCCUCGACAGUCCAACUGCCGCGAAAGAAGCACAACACCGGCCCCUCCAGUCGGAAAAACGGCCACGCCAGUCAGAACAACGGCCCCUACAGUCGGAAAAACGGUCCCUCCAGCUGGAGAAGCCUUCUCGGUGACGACCUCGUACUCCACAGCAAUAUCUCUGCUUUUUAGCUAUUUCGUGUUCAUGUGAACGAUCAGAUAUGCCAUCAU